AUGGCCGCCGUUCUUCCCUUCGACGACGCCGGCAUCUGCAUGGUCUGCGGCGUGGCCGUGCAAUCCGAGGUCGACCCGCUACGCUGCUCCACCUGCGCCACUCCGUGGCACUCCCCUUGCCUCUCGAAUCCCCCCGCGCUCUCCGAGGCCGCGACCUGGAGCUGCCCCGACUGCUCCAGAGACCCUGCAGCUGCCCGCGCGGCCCCUGCGGCAGGAGGCGAGCUUGUCGCCGCCAUCCGCGAGAUCGAGGUCAACACCACCCUCUCCGACGAAGAGAAAGCGCGACGCCGGCAAAACCUUCUGGCUGGCCGAUCUGCUGCAUCUGCACCCGAUGAUGUCGACGACAGCGCAGAGGACGACGUCCUCAACAUCCUCGGCAAGAGCUUCAGCUGCGCCGUCUGCAUCAACCUGCUGGAUCGCCCCGUCACUGUGUAG